GUAGUAGUAACUCUUGUGAAUUCGUUAGUUGUGGUUGUAAUUUUUGUGUCCCCCCCUCCGUUCCUCCCUCGCGUUUUCAUCGUCGUUGUCGUUGUUACAAAGAAAAUUCAGUGAAAAAUCGAAAAAUACCUGCUCGGAUAUCACAUUUUUUUUCAAUUAAAAAAAAAAGCAACGAAAACUUGAGAAAUGUCGGCGAAAGCAAUUCAAGAAGCAACUGGUAAAGAUUUGAUAAAUCGAAAACUUACGCCAGGCACAAAAGCGGCAAAAUGUCAAUUUGUUUCAAUAACGGAAAAAACAAAUUGGCCACAUGUAAUUGCCGAAAAUCCCUGGUUAAAAACUGAAAAACUCGUUGUAAAACCCGAUCAAUUAAUUAAACGACGAGGAAAAUUGGGACUCAUUAAAGUUAACGUUGAUCUUCCAACUGCUCAAAAAUGGAUAGCCGAACGUAUGAAUAAUGAUCAAUUGGUUGGCAAAGCAACUGGAAAACUCAAAUUAUUCAUAAUUGAGCCAUUUAUACCACAUAAACAGGAAGAAGAGGCGUACGUUUGCAUUUAUUCAAAUCGUAAUGGUGACACAAUUUUAUUUCAUCACGAGGGAGGUGUUGAUAUUGGUGAUGUCGACGCAAAAGCAUUGAAACUCGAAGUUCCCGUCGGUACUGAUGCUCCCAAUCAAAAAACUCUAAUAAGCCGACUGUUAAUAAAUAUUACAGAUGACAAGAAAACAGUAAUCGCUGAUUUUAUCUCUUCGCUAUAUAAACUUUAUGUUGAUUUAUAUUUUACUUAUUUGGAAAUAAAUCCAUUGGUCAUCACUGAUGAUGCAAUUUAUAUUUUGGAUUUGGCUGCAAAAUUAGAUACAACCGCUGAUUUUAUUUGUAAGCCAAAUUGGGGUGAAAUUAAUUAUCCACCUCCAUUUGGACGUGAUGCAUAUCCUGAAGAGGCAUACAUUGCCGAUCUUGAUUCUAAAUCAGGAGCAAGUUUAAAAUUAACAAUUUUAAAUCCAAAUGGACGUAUUUGGACAAUGGUUGCUGGAGGAGGAGCCUCGGUUAUUUAUUCGGACACAAUUUGUGAUCUUGGUGGCACUUCGGAAUUAGCGAAUUACGGUGAAUAUUCGGGUGCACCAAGUGAACAACAAACUUAUGAAUAUGCAAAGACAAUUCUCAGUUUAAUGACGAAGGAAAAACAUUCCGAUGGUAAAGUUCUUAUUAUUGGCGGUGGUAUUGCAAAUUUUACAAAUGUUGCAUCCACAUUUAAAGGAAUUGUCAAAGCUCUACAAGAAUUUCAACCAAAACUUGUUGAAUUUAAUAUUAAAAUAUUUGUGAGGCGAGCUGGACCAAAUUAUCAAGAAGGUCUUAGAAUUAUUCGCGAAGUGGGUAAACGUCUAGCAAUUCCUGUACAUGUAUUUGGACCUGAAACACAUAUGACGGCAAUUUGUGCAAUGGCACUUGGUACAAAACCAAUUCCCGAUCCAGAAGCGCAAGAAUUUUCAACAGCAAAUUUCCUCUUACCAUCGGGUCAAGAUGUUGGACCUAGUGCACCAACAAAAACAUCAAUUCAAGAAUCAUCAUCAUCAUCAUCGUCGUCGUCGUCGACGACAACAUUCACGGAGGCACAAUUAAAAGCAUUAAGAACUGAUUCUACUGAUUCAACAAUGGGAAAACAAUUAUUUACAAAUAAAACACGAUCAAUUAUUUGGGGUAUGCAAAAUCGUGCAGUACAAGGUAUGCUUGAUUUUGAUUUUGUUUGCCGACGUGCAGAGCCAUCGGUUGCCGCCAUUGUCUAUCCAUUUGUUGGCGAUCAUAAGCAAAAAUUCUAUUGGGGACACAAGGAGAUAUUAAUUCCGGUUUAUAAGCAAAUGAAGGACGCAAUGAAUAAACAUUCUGACGCUGAUGUUAUGGUGACAUUUGCAUCAUUAAGAUCGGCCUAUGACAGUACAAUGGAGACACUUGAAUUUCCACAAAUUCGUACUAUUGCCAUUAUUGCCGAGGGUAUUCCUGAGAAUAUGACAAGAAAAUUAAUUCUCGAAGCGCACAAAAAAAAUGUUACCAUCAUUGGACCGGCAACUGUCGGUGGCGUUAAACCUGGUUGUUUUAAAAUUGGCAACACAGGUGGUAUGAUGGACAAUAUUCUACAUAGCAAACUUUACAGACCUGGAAGUGUCGCUUAUGUAUCACGCUCCGGUGGUAUGUCAAAUGAAUUGAAUAAUAUUAUUUCAAAAGCAUCAAAUGGCGUACAAGAGGGCGUUGCAAUUGGUGGUGAUCGUUAUCCAGGAACAAAUUUUAUGGAUCAUAUUAUGCGUUAUGAAAAUAAUCCCGAUACAAAAUUAAUUGUUCUACUUGGUGAGGUGGGUGGUAUUGAGGAAUAUGAAGUUUGUGAGGCAAUGAAAACAAAAAAAAUAACAAAACCAUUAAUUGCCUGGUGUAUUGGAACAUGUGCAAGUAUGUUUAAUUCUGAAGUACAAUUUGGUCACGCUGGUUCAAUAGCAAAUAGUAAUAUGGAAACAGCUGUUGCAAAAAAUGUUGCACUCAAAGAAGCUGGCGCUUAUGUACCUGAUAGUUUUGAUAAUCUUGGUGAUGUUAUUCAUUCGGUUUAUCAACAACUUGUUAAAGCGGGAACAAUUGUUCCUGAACCUGAAUUACCACCACCUACAGUACCAAUGGACUACAGUUGGGCUAGGGAAUUGGGAUUAAUUCGUAAGCCAGCCUCAUUUAUGACAUCGAUAUGUGAUGAACGUGGUCAGGAUUUACUUUAUGCCGGUAUGCCAGUAACGGAAGUUUUAAAACAAAAUGUUGGCAUUGGCGGUGUUGUUUCAUUAUUAUGGUUUCAACGUUGUUUGCCACCGGUUUAUUGUAAAUUUUUGGAAAUGUCACUUAUGCUCACUGCUGAUCAUGGACCAGCAGUAUCAGGCGCACACAAUACAAUUGUAUGCGCGCGAGCCGGUAAAGAUCUCGUCAGUUCCGUCGUUUCUGGAUUAUUAACAAUUGGCGAUCGAUUUGGUGGCGCUUUAGAUGGUGCAGCGCGUAUGUAUUCAGAGGCAUAUGAUGCUGGUUUACAUCCACAGGAAUUUGUUAAUAAUACACGUAAACAAGGAAAAUUAAUAAUGGGAAUUGGUCAUCGUAUUAAAUCAAUUAAUAAUCCUGAUAUGAGAGUUAAAUUAAUAAAAGAAUAUGUAUUGGCAAAUUUCACUGCCACUCCAUUAGUGAAUUAUGCUUUAGAAAUUGAAAAAAUAACAACAAGUAAAAAACCAAAUUUAAUUCUCAAUGUUGAUGGAAUUAUUGCAAGUGCAUUUGUUGAUAUGUUGAGACAUAGUGGUUCAUUUACAUCUGAGGAGGCACAGGAAUACAUUGAAAUUGGAGCAAUUAAUAGUCUUUUUGUUCUUGGUAGAAGCAUUGGUUUUAUUGGUCACUAUAUGGAUCAAAAGAGGCUAAAACAGGGACUCUAUCGUCAUCCUUGGGACGAUAUUUCGUAUGUCCUGCCAGAACAGUACAAUUAAUUGUUUUUUUUUUUGGAGAGAAAAAAAUGAGUCUUUUGUAUAAAGAAAAAGUUUUUCUUUUUUUUUUUUUUGGUAUUUUAACGUAAAGAGAAAAAAAAGAAAGAAUGACAUAAUAACCGAAAAGAUAUAUAUAUCUUUCGUCAAUAUUGUGAAAGUCCUUCCCUCCUUUUACCCUCCAUCAUCCCCUUUUUUUUAAUUUAAUUAAUUUUCUUAAAUAUCGAAAAAUGAAAUUUAAAUAAAAAUAGAAAAUAAAUUAAUUUUAAUAUUGUGCAUAAUACGCGCAAAAAAAAAAAAAUAACGAAAAUGUCUCCAAGUAUUCAAGCUCCAAGCAUCUAUGUAUAUUUGCACUGAACAUUCCAGGAUGUUGCAUUUUUUAUUUUUCUUCUUUUUGUCUCUUUCAAAAAAAAAAGGAAAAGAAAAAAAAAUUUCUUUUUUUAACAAAAAUUUUCUUUUUAUUUAAAAAAAAAUAAUUUUAAUUGAAAGAAAAUACUUUUUAUUAAAAGAAAAAUUUUAUUUUGUAAAGUUUUUUUUUCUUACAAAAAAAAAAAUUACUUUUAUUAAGCGAAGAAUUUCUUUUUCAAACAAAAGUUUUUUUUUUUAUUAAAAAAAAUUACUUUUAUUAAAAGAAAAUUUCUUUUUUUAACAAAAAUCAUUUUUUAUUAAAAAAUAAAACAUUGUUUUUUUGUUGAAAUAAAAGUAUUUUUUUUUCGUUAAAGAAAACAAAAAUUGUUUUUUCUUUUUUUUCAAUUAAAAGUGCGAAAAGAAGAGAAUUGCAAAUUUUUUUAUUGGCCCCGCGUCCCGUUAAUGUAAAUAGAUGAAAUAAAAAGCACAAAAAUGAAGAAUUAGAAAGAAAACGAUUUUUGCACCGAUUUCUCCAUUUAUUUAUUUUCUUUUUUUUUUUUUUGUUGUUUCUGUUUUUAAAAAUGUUUUUUACACACACAUUAGAUAAGAGAAUUUUUUUAGAAAAUAAAAGUCGAUGACGACGCCUUUUGCACAAGAUAUAUUAUAAAUAAAUAAAUAAAUAAAUAAUAGAUAUACAUGAAGAAAAAAAAGGAAAUAUAAAUAUAUUUAAUGAAAAAAUAGACAAUUUAUUCAGUGACAACAAUAAGAAAAAAAUUAUAUAUAUAUAUAUUUAAAUAGUGAAAUUAUAAAAAAUUAUCAUGUAAUUUGUUGAAUAAAGAGAAUCAAGAACGAGA